GGCUUCUGGAUGCAUAAUCACGAUCCUGGUCGGUGCACGUCAAGUGGAUGCGCGCGCAUCUCUGGGACCGUACAACAAAAAUACAUUGUCUCGAGCACUUGACGGCAAGCAGUCGACGCGCGAGCAUCUCGAGACGGUUUCGUUGGCGUAUCUACCGAACAAAAAAGAAGAGAGAAAGAGAGAGAGAGAGAGAGAAACGCAGGGACGCGUUAAAGACGACAGGACCCGGUUCUUCGAGACGAAAAGAACACAAACGCAGCGGCGUCUCUCUCGCUUCCGGAGCACAUUCGCGACUCGUCGAUCCCGUGACGCGAAGCUCGCUCUUUUUCGUAGACAGUGACAGAGUAACAGUACAGUGACGAAAAUGGUGUCCGGCGGUAUGGCUUGCGUGAAGUACUUGCUGUUCCUCUUCAAUCUGAUAUUCGCGGUCACCGGGAUCGUAUUUAUCUCCGUGGGCGCCGUGAUCCUGGUCGUUUACAAUGGAUACAACAAUUUUGUGGAUAGUUGGUUCUUUGCAGCACCAGUCUUGAUGAUUAUCGUCGGUGUCAUAGUCUUCCUCGUGUCAUUCUUCGGAUGCUGCGGCGCUGUGAAGGAAAAUCACUGCAUGAUAAUUACGUUCUCAGUCUUGCUGUUGGUAAUAUUCGCCCUGGAACUGGGUGCUGGAAUCAUAGGCUAUAUGAUGAGAGGAGAAAUCUCCAAUAUGUUGGAAACCCGUCUGAAUAGUACUAUGCGGCAGUAUGAUGUUAACGAGGAUAUCCGUAAUUCAUGGGAUAUCAUGCAGCAUGACUUACAAUGCUGCGGCAUGAACGGUCCCGGGGAUUGGAAUCAGAUUGUACAAGGUAAUAUUGUGCCUGAUUCUUGCUGUAAGGAACUCCCUGCUCAAGGCAAAUGCGACUCAAAUUCGAUUCAUCUCAACGAAGACGGUUGUAUGGCGAAACUAAAGGCUGCUAUAGAAAAUAGCGCUCUGAUCUUGGGAGGAGUGGGCGUUGGCAUAGCAAUCGUACAAUUGAUCGGAGUGGUCUUUGCGUGCUGUCUGGCUCGCUCAAUUCGCCGCGAGUAUGAGACUGUCGAAACCACAGCACACUGAUCUGCCAUCAAUUAGGAGGCAUUUUUCAUAAUAUUGUUCAUCAUACAUUGGUUGAUAAAUACUUAGGUUCAUUACGAUAAAUACGUAGGUUCAUUACGAUCGUAAUCAUUUUCUUAUUGUGCUUACAAUUAUAUAUAUAUAUAUAUAUAUAUAUACACACACACAUAUAUAUAUAUACAUAUAUGUAUGUAUAUUCAAAGAGGAAUGAUGUCACAAGUAUUUAGUGUGUACAGUGAUAACUUAAGUUAGUCAUGUCUCGGUAUGUAAUUUACGGCAUGAAAUUACAUACUUUCACAAAGAGAACACGCAAAUUGGCAAUUAUAUAACGCUUCUUCUAUACAUAUAUAUAUAUAUAUAUGUAUAUGUAUAUACAUAUAUAUAUAUGUAUAUGUAUAUACAUAUAUAUAUAAGAGAAAAAUAGAAAAAGAAGAUACACAUUGAAUACUAAUAUUUCCUAUCAAAUUCAUAUCAAAUAAUAUCAAAACUGCCAAUAUCUGCCAAAAAUUUACAUCACUACUUGCCAUAAGAAGCAAAAAUGGAAAAAACGAACUAGUCGAAAUCGAUCCCAUCUACGAAGAAUUACCUGAUAAAACGUUGAUCAAUUUCGGCACAUGUACGACACGAGAAAGUGCCUGUUAAACAAUGUGCCAUGAUACAAUGUCUGACAGAUAUAUUUUUUUCACGGAUGCGUUUAUAUAUGAAGAGUUUUGGUAAUGAUCUUUUGCGCAUUAUAUGCGAUCUGUAUUUAUUAUUAUAGGAGAUAGUGUUCACAAACAUAUAGCCAUCAUUCCUCUUGAUUUUUCGUCAGACUUAAAAAGAAAAAAAAAAGAAAACACAUACUGACGAGCUGUUUCUGCAUAAUCUUCCUCGGAGUGCAGAAUUAACAAAUUAUGUAUAGUGUUUAAUUACACGGAUAUAUAGGAUGUUCAGCAUAACAAUUAAUAUGAUUUUUUAGACGCUUCCGACAGUUUACAGAAAAGGUCGUGAGGUGAACAUUUAUCUAUUUCACGCAAAUUUACAAUAAAAAAAUAAAAUUUUAUAAAAAGAUCAGUACUUUGAAUUUUUAAAUGAUACCACUCGAUUUUUUUUAUAAUAUUGUAAAGGACUUUGAGGCAAAUUUAACAUGCUUAAAAAUGUCUCUUUUAUUUAUAACAAUAAAAAAAAUUAACUUAUGUAAACAAAUAUUCAAAUUAUUUACCUUCUGCAGUUCGAAGUUCUAUUUAAAAAAAAUACUAUGCAUAGCAGCUGUUAUCCUCUUUGGAUCUAAGCACGAGUUGUAAUUAUCUUUUGUCGAAACUUUUGAAUAUUAUUAACUUAAUGCACGAGAGAUUGCCGAUACCCUCAUAAAAAGAAAUUCUUCUAUAUUCAUCAAAUAUCAGAUAUCAACUUUUUUCGAAUUAGAAUAACUAUUCACUGUAAAUACUGAAUAACAACUAAUAUUCAUUUUAGAAAAAAAUUUAGAUAAUACUGAUAACUGAUAGUGCAUUGAGUUUGUCUUUAAAUUCCCUACAAUAUUACGAAAAGCAUACGGUGCCAUUUAAAAGAUUCGAAGAGAUGUUAAUUUUUUACGAAAAAUCUUUUUCAAUUGUUUUUAUUGUAUAUAUUAGCUUGCGUGAAACAGAUGCAUGUUCAUCCUAUAACCUUUUCUUUAAACUAUCGGGAGCAUCUCAAAAAUCAUGCAUACGUUACGCUGAACCCUCCGUAUAAACUUGUGUUCUGAUAAUUUAAUACCGUAAAGGUACAUAGCUUGUAUCGCGUAAAUCGUACUCGAGUGUAUGCAGUCUCGGCGUCUACUUUCAUGCCUCUUCUCAUCGAUAAAACACAAUCUUUAAUACUUAUAAUAUAUGCGAUGUUGUAGUAAUGUCGUGAUUUAAAUUUAUAAUGAUUUUUCGUGCUCUACAAUGCGAGAAACAGAGGGAAGACAGGUGUACUCUUAUUCGUAAUCGACGGUGCCCCGUGAAAUAUAUGCGUAUACGUGUGUAUAUAGAAUGACAUGUAAUAUCGGAUAAUGUACACGACAAAACUUGUGUACAUUAUGUACUAAUGAUGUAACAAAAUUAGCGUAACUCGGCGUCUCUAGCUCGAGCUCAGAUGGUGGAAUAUCGAAUGGAAGCUAGCUCUAGCUUUAUCUUGUCAAUAAUUUAGCUUGUAAUGUCAGUGAACUCUCCGAUAUUGAUCCUCUUGUGCUUCAUUGUACUGUACUGCUACUGACAGUCUGUUGCCACAGAAAUGGUGUGCAUGUUUAAACACUGAGUUCGUAUUUGGGACCAAAGCAAGAAGAUCAAGAUUAUUUUUUAUUGAGUAUAUAGCGAGUUGCUUCUGCUAAAAAAUGUACGAUGGAUUAGGAACGAUCAUGCAGAAUAUUUCGAAAGUAUGAGAAAGACUUUUCGUGAGCUUCGUUCGUAGAAUUCUUUUUCCCAAUAUUAAGAGCUUCUUGCCGUUAAUACUGGGAAAGGAAUCGAAUAAAAGUCAAGCUGUAUUGUAUGAUAAUGCAUUUCUGCUUAUUUUCAUUCUUACUUCCAUCUGAAGGAGAAAUAAUUUCCGGGAAUAUAAUGCGAUUGAUACUAAUUGGCACGCGACGAAAUACGUUACAUGUAUUUAUACAACUAUACCGACGACGUG